AUGUCAUCCAAAAUAGCAGCUGAGAAUAUGAUAAGUCCCGGGGCAGAGACACCACUAGUGGUGGUGCGAGAAUAUGAUGAAGGAAGAGAUAAGGUGGCAGUGGCGGAGUUAGAGCGCCAGUGCGAGGUGGGUCAGCGCGGGAAACCGGCACUCGUCACCGACCUCAUGGGUGACCCGAUUUGUCGUCUUCGAAAUUUUGCAUCGCAUGUUAUGCUGGUAGCAGAAUAUGGAAGUAGAAAGGAAAUUGUGGGGACUAUUAGUGGCUGUAUAAAAAAUGUGGCAAUUGGAAAGAGAAGCUCAAAUGAAUUUCCAAUCUAUGUAAAGCUGGCUUAUGUUCUGGGACUCAGAGUUUCAUCUACACACAGGAGACUUGGGAUUGGAACAAAAUUAGUUCAACAACUAGAAGAAUGGUGUAGACAAAAUGGGGCUGACUAUGCAUACAUGGCAACAGAAGGUAGCAAUCAACCUUCCCUAAAUCUUUUCACCCUAAAGUGCAAUUAUGUCAAAUUCAGAAACCCUACAGUAUUGGUGCAGCCUGUUCAUCUUCACUACAAGCCAUUAGGCAUAGGUAUUGCAAUAAUUAGGGUUUCUCCACAGCUAUCUGAAUCAAUAUAUCGUCGAAUAUUUUCUCACUACGAGUUCUUCCCUAAGGACAUCGACUGUGUUUUGAACAACAAACUCACUCUAGGCACUUUCAUGGCCUUAACAAAGAAAUCCCUCAAAAAUUGGAACACUAAAACCGGGGAAUUACCGGCAAAUUUUGCUAUGCUUAGCAUAUGGAACACCAAAGAAGUUUACAAGUUACAAGUGAAGGGCGUUUCAGGUUUAAAGUAUGCAGCCUGUUUAGGAAGUAGGGUCAUUGAUGCCUUGAUGCCCUGGCUAAAAUUUCCGUCAGUACCAAAUAUUUUCGAGAAUUUCGGGUUUUAUUUUCUGUAUGGACUGCACAUGGAAGGAAAGGAUGGCUCCAAUCUCAUGAAAUCUCUAUGUGCAUUUGCUCAUAAUAUGGCCAGAGAUGAUAAAGAUUGUAGGGUUUUGGUGGCUGAAGUAGGGCAAAUGGACCCCGUUAGAGAGGCAAUUCCGCACUGGAGAAAAUUUUCAUGGGAUCAAGAUAUAUGGUGCAUUAAGAACCUCGGAGAAGCCCAAGGAGAAGACGAUAGAAAUUCUCAAGAAUACUGGAUUAAAUCUCAGAUAUCUUCUUCAGUUAUUUUCGUUGAUCCACGUGAUAAUUGA